AUGUGGUGGGCUAAUUGGCUUUGUCUGGUUUUCUCACUUCUAAGAUUAACUUUUGCUGUUUUUAUUGAUGAGGUUGGUGUAACAGAUUGGGCUUUGCAAUCAAUAGGUGAAUAUAGAUGCAUUGUUGGUGAUUAUAUUGAAGAAGACCUAUUUUUGAUCGUUUCUAAUAUUGAUAAUAUAAGUUUACUAUCUUUGGUUAAUCGUACCAACGGUAAUUUAAUAACUAGAAGGGUGACUGCUUCAAGAAUUGUAGAUGUUAAGUAUGAUGAAUUACAGGCAAAUCUUCUUUUAUAUGAUGAAGAUCAUGCUACAUCUCAGCUUUCUAUACUAAAUAAAGAUAUUUAUUUAAAAGAAAUAUCCAGCAUGGAUGUAAAUUACACUAUACCUUCCCUUUGUAAUAAGGUUAAUUAUAAAAAUAUAGUGAUCACCUUGGAGGAGAAUAUGUUAAAGGUGAUUGAUCCAGAAUCUAAAUUGACAGUCAUAUCUAUUCCAUUGCCAAGCAACUUUAAAGGUAUUGAGUAUUUAAAGACCGACUAUUUAGAAGAAUUAGAGAUUUUAUUAUCUACUAAUGAUUUAACCUAUUUUUAUCAUAAUUUAACUAAUGAUAUCUCUACAAAUUCAUGGUAUAGGGAUGAAUCAGUAACAGAUAUUGUGGACUUCGAGUUUGUCGAUAUUAUUGAUCAUUCUAUGGACUCCAUUAGCAUGGAAUUGAAUGAUGAAAACACUUUUAAUAAUAUUUGGCAGGCUUAUAAUUUUAGGGUGAAAACAAAUUUCAAUAGAUUAAAGAAAUAUGCUAAAGCUCAUCAUUAUUCUCCAGGCAGAAUGAUAACUGAUUUUUUUAAUAUUGAUCUAAAGAAAAAUGUUACUAGUGAAAAAAGCUUAAUUCUCAGAAAUUCAAACGAUUUAAUAUUUGGGUUUAAGAAAUUGUUAGUUGUUCUAACUCAGAAUAGACAACUUAUUGCAUUGGACAUUAACAGAGGAGGUGAAAAAAUUUGGUCAAUUCAAUCUAAAUUAUCUAAUGUUGUUUCAAGUUUUGAUUGGGAUGCAACUUUGAAUCAACUAAUAAUAUUUAAUGACCAAGGUGAUUAUGAAAUAUGGAAUUUGUUAAAGCCAGUGCUUGAACCAACUUUUAAGCAAAAUGGAACUUUCAAGGAUUCAUUACCUAAUGCUAAUUGUAAUAUAUUGGACAUUAAUAGAUUAAGUCAUAAUGAUAAAACCUACCAUGUUCAAUUGGAUUGUAAAGACAUGGAUUCUAAUCGAAUUGAUAUGAUCGUUUCAUUAAGAAAUAUACAUAACAAUAUUCAUAGUACGAGAUUUUUUGUUACUCAUGAUAAUACUACAAUUAAAGGACAUGUUGUCCUUAAUAACACAAAUAAAGUUAUUCCAACAUGGCAAAUAACUCUAGAUAAUCCAAAUGAAAAAAUUGUAGCAUUUUCCUAUAGACAUGAUGUUGAGACAGUUAAUCCUGGUUUGGUCUUAGGUAAUAGAACUGUACUUUACAAAUAUUUAUAUCCAAAUAUUGCCAGUUAUAUUGUAUUUAACAAAAUUACUAAUAAGAUUUAUAUUAACAUUAUUGAUACUUUGAAAGGUGAAAUAUUGGUAUCACAGAUGCAUGACAGGGAGUAUGUUGAUAUAGAUUAUCCAAUUAAUAUACUUAUUGGUGAGCAUUGGGUUAUCUAUUCAUAUUUUAGCUUAGAACCUAUCCCUGAACAAAAAAUUAACGUUAUUGAAUUAUACGAAUCUUUAAUACCAAAUGAAAGAAUAUCUGAUCCUGAUAAUGAAAACUUCAAUCCAUUAAAACAAUCAAUCAAACCAAAGCAUAUGUCACGCUCAUAUUAUUAUCCUGAAAUUAUUAACAAGAUGAGCAUCUCGGAGACUAAAUUUGAUAUAACAACGAAAUCUAUUAUACUGGAAUUAGCAAAUGGGCAAAUUACCUUUUUGCCAAAAUAUAUCAUUGAUGCAAGAAAAAAAACAGAAUCUGAGAUGACUGAUGAUGAUAAAAAGGAAUUUAUGGCCAGUUCAUACAUUCCAACUAUCCCAAUCAAUGAUCUGUUUGUUAUUACUCAUAAAAGAGAUUUGGUGUUUGGCAAAUUAUCUAAACUUGGUUCAAUUGCAACAAAUUUAGAAUCUACUUCUAUUGUCUGUGAUGUUGGGCAUGAUAUAUUUUGUUCUAGGAUUACACCAUCAGGGUCAUUCGAUGUUCUUGACCCAAACUUUGAGACAGGUAAAUUAGUAGUUUCCAUAUUAGUAUGUCUCUUAUUAUAUUUGUUUUUGCGUCCAUAUGUCACGAAAAGAAGGAUUAAAGGUUUAUGGCUCGUACAUGAAUAA